AUGUUGACAGCUCUCUUUGUUCUCAAUUACGUAGCUUUUGCUGCUGCUCAUGGAACUCAUGAUAAUCAGAAAACGCUUUCUGGCCCGCACAAGUCAUUAUGGUACAAUGUUCUACCUGGAGACGGUGGAACGCAGGCUGACUCAGUAUUUUCCGGAAUAUCUACGUUUGGUCGCUUGCCAUAUCAACCCUGCCUCGGCCACGAAGAAAUCGAUUAUGACCUUGCAUUCAUAGGGGCACCAUUUGAUACUGGCACGUCAUACCGACCUGGUGCUCGGUUUGGCCCUUCGGGCAUUCGCCAAGGAUCACGACGUCUCAAUCUCUAUGGAGGAUACAAUGUCCCCUUAGACACAAACCCUUUGCUAACAAGAUGUUUUCACGUUAGCAACGGAUGGGCGAAAGUUCUCGACUGUGGAGACAUCCCAGUGACGUCUUACGAUAACACAUGGGCUCUCAAGCAAAUCGAAGAGGGCCACUACAACAUACUCUCCCGAGCACCAAAGACAGCCGCUGAUAAACCUGGGCCGUCUAAAAAGGGGAAGACUCUACCACGAGUUAUCACUCUCGGGGGCGACCACACCAUCACCCUCCCCUUACUCCGCUCGAUCAACCGAGCGUACGGACCUGUCUCGGUAAUCCACUUCGACAGUCAUCUGGAUACCUGGCGUCCCAAAGUCUUCGGCGGCUCCCCCUCCGAAGUAGCCAGCAUCAACCACGGGACGUACUUCUACCACGCGGCGCGGGAAGGGCUCCUGGCCAACGACAGCAACAUCCACGCGGGCAUCCGGACGACGCUCAGCGGACCCAGCGACUACGAGAACGACGGGUACUGCGGCUUCCAGAUCGUCGAGGCCCGCGAGAUCGACCGGAUCGGGGCCGACGGGAUCAUCCAGAAGAUCGUCGAGCGCGUCGGCACCACCAACCCCGUGUACUUGUCCCUCGAUAUAGAUACCCUGGAUCCCGCGUUCGCGCCGGCUACGGGGACCCCCGAGACGGGCGGGUGGAGCACGAGGGAGCUGAGGACGAUUUUGAGGGGGCUGGAGGACGUUAAUUUGAUCGGGGCGGAUAUUGUGGAAGUUGCUCCUGCUUACGACACGAACGCCGAACAUACCACGAUGGCGGCCGCGGACGCCUUGUACGAGAUUAUGAGCAUUAUGCUUAAGAAAGGCCCGCUGAGCAACAUGGUCUCUAGCGGCGGGGAUGAAGGCGGGGAGCUGUGA